AUGGGUUCUAUCCAACAGUUCAAAAUCUAUGUCUUAGACCCCUUUCAUCAGGAUGCUAUCGACCUAGUCCAAAGCCUUCCUCAUGUUCAGGUCAUUCUCCCUGAUGACCCUCAGAAGACAUAUUGGCACGCCGAUGCAGACGGAAUCAUGAUCCGCUCAGACUCUCGUCUGACAGAAGAAGAUUUCGCAAAAGCCGCAUGCCUCCGUGCCGUUGUCAAGCAAGGCGUUGGCGUCGACAACAUCGACCUCGCCGGGGCAAAAAAACACGGCAUUGCUGUCCAUAACACUCCCGCACUAAACAGCGAGAGCGUGGCGGAACUCUCUAUGGCGCUGACUCUCACUCUGAGCCGAAGAGUCUCUGAAAUUGAUCGUGCGGUACGCAGUGGUCAAAGAGUCGUUCGUUCAACCAUGUUGAGUACAAGCAUGUUUCGCAAACGAGUGGGUGUCGUUGGGAUGGGUAAUAUAGGCAAAAUCGUUGCUCAGAAAUGGAUUGGAGCCUUUGAGUGUGAGAUUGUGGCAUAUGAUCCAUAUGCACCUGCGGAUGCGUGGAAGGGUCUCAAUCAUAUCCGAGUCGACGCUUUGGAUAAGCUUUUGAAGGAUGUCGAUGUGGUCACCCUUCAUGUGCCGCUACUCGAGUCGACCAGAGGUUUGAUUAGCGAUCACGAGCUUAGUAUCAUGAAGGAUAAUGCUAUUCUUGUGAAUUGCGCUAGAGGCGGCGUGGUAGAUGAGAAAGCCCUACUUAGGGCUUUGGAUGAGAAGAAGAUGGGCGGUGCUGCGCUUGAUGUUAUGGAGAUCGAACCUCCCACUUUGGAUGUUUACGGAGAGUUUUUGAAGCAUGAAAAUGUUAUCAUGACUCCUCAUAUUGGAGGGAGCACGAAGGAGAAUCAGAGCCGGACUGGAAGGGCUGUGGUUGAGACGCUGAUGGAUGUGUUAGAGGGGCGUGAGGCUGGUGGAAAGUUGGUUUGA